UUCUAAAAAUAACAACAACAACAAACAGCACACAAAACAACAACAGCAGAUUGUUUCAGCCACGUCUAUUUUAUAAUAUACAUUUGAAAUUCUGCAUUGAUCAACCAAGGGAAAAGCAUCCCCUAGCCUCACGAUGUCAGAAAACACACGAACCAGAUCAAAAGGUCGCUCAAAUGCUCAAAAAAAGAAACAAGACAUUGAAAACUCAAAGAUCGACACUGAAAGUCUUGAAACCUCACAAGAAAAUUAUGAUAACCAAAAAAUAGACAGGCGAGGUUUACAAGGAGACUACCUUAAUAUCCUUCUUUUGACAUUCCUUUAUGUGUUACAAGGCAUUCCACUAGGGCUUGGAGGCAGUUUACCUAUGUUGCUUCAGAGUCGCAAAGUCAGCUACAGUGACCAGGCAAAGUUCAGUUUUGUACAUUGGCCCUUUAGUAUCAAGUUGCUCUGGGCCCCACUGGUUGACGCAGUGUACGUGCAUUGGAUGGGACGUCGAAAGACUUGGCUGGUUCCAAUUCAGUACUUGAUAGGCGUGUUCAUGUUGACGUUGUCGACGAGGGUCGAUGAUCUGCUGGGAACAGAAACUUCCAAUGACACAAAAGUGGACAUUUUCACGUUGACCGUAGUGUUCUUCUGUUUGAAUUUUCUGGCUGCCACUCAGGAUAUUGCUGUGGAUGGGUGGGCGCUCACCAUGCUUGCAAGACGCAACGUGGGCUGGGCCAGCACGUGCAACACAGUGGGUCAGACUGCGGGAUACUUCCUGGGGAAUGUGCUCUUUGUGGCCCUGGAGUCUGCAGACUUCUGCAACAAGUACCUGAGAUCUGUACCGCAAGAUGUGGGCAUCGUCACCCUGUCCGGUUUCCUGUACUUUUGGGGUUUGGUGUUCUUUGUUUCGACGACACUGGUGUGGAUAUUCAAGUCAGAGAAGGUGGACCCUGAGGUUGACCCUGAUCAAAGCAUUGUGGAGACGUACAAACAGCUGUACAAGGUCAUCAGACUCAAGCCUGUCAUUGCCCAUUGCAUGGUCCUGUUGACUGUCAAGGUCACGUUUGCAGCUGCGGAUGCAUUAUCAGGCUUGAAGCUGAUUGAGGCCGGUUUGCCCAAGACCACCCUGGCCAUAUUUGCCGUACCCAUGGUGCCCAUACAGAUCAUACUGCCCCUGCUGAUAUCCCAAUACACCUCGGGGCCCAGGCCUAUGAAGCUGUUCACAUGGGCCAUAACUCCUAGGAUCUUGAUGGGGCUUGUCUAUGCCUAUAUUGUCUACAUCUCCCAUUACAUACAGACCUCACCUGGGGUGUUCCCUACAUACUUCUAUAUCCUUAUCCUGGGCAGCUAUGCAGUGCACCAGGUGUUUGUGUACUGUAUGUUUGUCUCUGUGAUGGGUUUCCACGCCAAGGUCAGUGACCCGGUCAUCGGUGGAACCUACAUGACCCUGCUGAACACUGUGGCCAAUCUGGGUGGUACUUGGCCGACCACUGUAGCUCUCUGGGCGGUGGAUACCCUGACAUGGAAGUCAUGUGAUGGAGCUAGCCAACAAUCGUGUUAUAGUGCUGAUGAAAGCCAUGCCUGUAAGGAAGCUGGUGGCACUUGUAUUACAACGCUGGACGGCUACUACUUGGAGUCGGCACUGUGUAUAGUCAUAGGAUUCCUGUGGUUGCUAUGGGGACGCAAGAAAGUGAAGCACUUGGACGAAUUAGAUUUGAAGGCUUGGAAAGUGUCCUGAUAUAAGGAUGAUUUUCAUAGGAUAGUUUAAUUAAUUUUUCACUGUAAAUCUGACACUUGAAAUUGAAGUUUAUAAGCUAUAGUUUAUUUAUAAAUGUUCUGCAUGAAAUGAGUUAAACUCAAAAUGAAUCAUGUUUCUCAUUGCAAUAAAUCUCUGCCAUCUCU